AGUUUGGGUAUAGGUUUGGGGUUAAAAUCAAGUUGUGGGUUAGUUUUGGCAAAAACCCAAAAAAAUAUCAUUCACCUUUUAAAGGAAUUAGAAUAUCAUUCACAGUUUAUAAAAAUUAAAAUUGGUAAAUUAUGUAACAUUUUUAUAUAAAAAAAAUUAAAUUAUUAACAUAUAUUAAAAUUUAUAUCUACAACUAUUUACUUUGAAAAUCACAACAAUAUAUUAUCAAAAUGAUUAUAUACAAAAUAUAAUAUGAAAAAUAUAUAUUUAUAAAAUGAAAAAUUACCUAGUUAAAAGUUAAGUGGAGUUCUCUGUAGCCUCCAGAUUGAGAAUUAUGAUCAAUGUUUUGAUAUUGCAGCAUCCAUUUAGAGAGACAAGUGUUAUAAUUUGGAUUUGUUAUGAUAUUGCAGCAUCCAUUUAGAGAGACAAGUGAUAUUGCAGCUUCCAUUUAGAGAAUUAUGAUCAAUGUUUUGAUAUUGCAGCAUCCAUUUAGAGAGACAAGUGAUAUUGCAGCAUCCAUUUAGAGAGACAAGUGUUAUAAUCUGCAUAAAAGAAAACACGAAGAGUUCGUGCAUGGGCUUUAUCAUGCAUAAUCUCUAAUUCUUGAUUUUCUUUCUUUAUAAUAAAGAUAAAGACUUUCAAAACCAAUACGAACUCUUCCGAGUCUUCUUUGUCCAAGAAAAAAAAACACAGAGAGUUCGAAACGUACGAACUCAGUCUUUCGAGAAAGAUAACGAACUCUACUCAAGAGUCACCGCCAUGCAACCACCGCGGCAGAACGUCUCGAAGGGCGGCGAACUAACCAUUUAUCGAGGCGUCACGCGAUCGAUGACCAGACGUCAUCGGAACUCAUUGCCGGUUCCGGACGAUCUCGCUAUGGAGAUAUUCACGAGGCUGCCGUCGAAGGCGAUAGCGAGAUGUCGUUGCGCAUGCAAGCUCUGGUCCUCCAUGCUUCGCAGUCAAGAUUUCACAGAGCUUUUCUUGACCAAAUCUUGUGCUCGCCCUCAGCUCCUUUUCGUCCUGGACGAUUACAGCGUCGGCGAGUUAGUCUUCAUCUCGUCGCCUCAGCCUGAAAAUCCGGAAGAGAACUCGUACGUUGUAGCCUCCAACCCUCUUGCGUUUUUCCCACGUUACAUUGGAUUCUAUGGUUGUACCAACGGCUUCUUCUGUUAUGGAGCUGGCCGGAACCUUAAGGGGCUGAAAUUGCCAGUGUGUGUUCCGGUGAUAUGUAACCCCAGCACGGGACAGUCCUUGACCAUGCCCAGAUUGAUCUCGAAAAAGAAGUAUGGAGUGCAAAGCUAUCUUGGAUACGAGCCGAUGGAGAAAGAGUUCAAGGUGUUGUCGAUGAAUAAGUCGCGUACUGGUGAGGUGAUCUCAGUGGAGCACCAAGUUCUGACAUUAGGAACCAAGAAACUGUCAUGGAGGUUGGUCGAGUGUUGCAUCCCACAUCGUUCUUCAAGUAAGUGGAUAUGCAUCAGUGGCGUUCUUUACUACGCAGCUAGUGCAGCUGGAUCUUUCGAGAAUUCUAUGGUCGUUUGUUUUGACUUGAGGUCUGAGAAGUUCUGCUCUGUCAUGUUCAGUAAAGCAAUGCCUCGUUCAACAACUCUAGUAAACUACGAUGGGAAACUAGGUUUGCUUAUGUCUGGAGAUUCUCAUGAUGACGUUACUCGAGCAACUACAAGUUUUGAGCUGUGGGUUCUGCUUGACGCUGCACAACACGAGUGGUCCAAUCAUGUCUACGUAUUACCACCUUCGUGGGAGGAUGUUGUUUCAGAGGACAUGCGCAUUGCUGGAAUGGUUGCCGUAAAUGAAAUCGUCUUGGCCCCCUGGUUCCAAAGUGUGCCUUCCUAUGUCAUCUACUUCAACGUGGAGAGAAAGACGAUCACAAAAGUUGGAAUCCAAGGACUGGAAGCGUUUCAGGGUGAGAGUUUCAAAACCUAUCUCAACUAUGUUGAGAAUGUGAAGCUUCUUUAAGCAAUUUUAUAAGUGAGAGACAAAGUGUAGUUUUCAUUUUGUGUGUUUCGUUUUUUUUCUAGUAUCUUAGUUUGAAAAAUCCCACCUGUUGUGGAUGAUAGAUAAUCUUCUUGUUACAAACUCUUUACAAAUGUAUAUAAUUAUCCAAAACAGAGUAGUUUAGAAUGUGAUCUUUGAAUGCUAUGAUAGAGAGAGUAAGAGUUUCUAGAUCCAUGAAAUGAUUCGAAUGUUAUUAUCUUGGUUAAGAUCCAUAAAUAGUCAUGUGUUAUCCAAUGACUAUUGACUGCUUUCUGUUAUAGUGUUCAUCUUUCUUGGAUUUUGUUUUGGUUAU